UUCUCCUCUUUCUCACAACUAUUCGACAUCCAACUUUGAAGAGGAAGAUGGUAGUUUCCGACGGUCUCCGAAGGUGACGGCUCCAUUAAUGGCUCAAGCCAUGCAAAAGCGGAUCAAUGUUUUCUCUGCCGAUGUGUAUUGAACGCGCAUCAUGCCAUUAAAGCCCCUUUUCCACAGGGGCGGGGGGGGGCCCACCGGAGCUUCACACCUCCGGAGGCGUCUGAAGUUGUCGCUUAGCGUCGACGGCCGCCGAGUUCACACUUUGCACGUCACACCUUUGAUCCGUCGGGACAUUUAACUACGGGCGGACGUGUUCGGAGCUCACUUUCUUGGGAGACGUGAACCAUGUCGGCCAUCCACGGAGACCUGUCUGUCGGCGACCUCAACCACUUGCAGAUGUACCACGAAGGAAGCCUCCAGAUGGGCAACCCGGAUAUUUCCAGCGGAGACUUACCAAAUUACAUGGCCGCCGUGGCUGCCCCGGUGCCGCGAGCCGACAAAUGCGUGGCCAUCCUGACCCACCGGAGGAAGAGGACCAACUUCACCCAGCAGCAGAUCGAGGUACUGGAGAAAGUGUACACCAACACCAAGUACCCAGAUAUCUACCUGAGGGAGUGGCUCGAGGCACUCACCGGUCUGCCCGAGUCCAGAAUACAGGUGUGGUUCCAGAACAGGCGAGCCAAAUCUCGUCGCCAAGUAGGCUCUUCGGUGGCCACGAAGGCAGCCAAUUCACCGCCAUCUUUUAGCCUGCUUCCCGACAAGAUGAACCGAGGCAAACUUAACUCGCCUUACAUUUGGGAGAGAUGCUCACCGGCUCGCAGGACUGCUUAUGGAGCAGAGGAUGCCUACAGAAGCCCGGUCGAGGACCCCCACAGGACCAAAGCCGACGGCAGCCAUUUGCCGGGGUCCCGCCUCUACGAGAAAGACGCGCGGCGAGCAAAGAGCAAGCAGUUGCGUCUCCGCGAGACCGGCGCGGGCGUCGGUCCCAGUAACGUCCCGACGUACCCCUUCCAGGACGCUUCCGCCGGCCGUCCCAAGGUUAUGGUGGACUACGACAACUUCCCUCCCAACAAGACCAUCGGGCCCGAGAUGAAGGUGGUGAUCCCGCCCAUCCCCGCGCGGAGCAACUUUGUCGGGUCGUCGGUCAACGACGUCAGCGGGCCGCCACCGCACGUGAGGGCGGGGGAGCCCUUUGAUGGAUUCUCCCCCAUGAACGGCACAGACGCGGCCGACUUUUCCGAUUCAGACUCAGACUGGGAGAAGGAGGUCUUGGUCGGAUUUACUGACUUUAUAUAAC